GAGAGAGAGAGAGAGAGAGAGAACAAACACAAAGGUCGUGUUUCCAAAGGGGGGAGUUUCAGCUCUCUAGAAAACGAGGGUUCUCACAGCCGAGAUGGAGAUGGAGAUGGAGAUGGAGAUGGCGAUGGCGAUGGCGAUGGCGAUGGCGAUGGAGAUGUUAGAGUUCUUCUUCGCUGAUUAAUCUGCGGAUUUCUUCUCCUAAUCGGACCUCAAUAUCUCUUUCGAUACACAGCAGACCACUAGUUACGUUGAAAAGUUAUUUGUUGGAGGUUUGGAAUCGCAACACCUGAGGGUAACUGCAUGAUUAAAGCUUCUGGUCCUCAUCUCCUGUGUUUCCCAACAUGACUCUUGAAGAUUUCUUUACUCUUACUGAAAUGAAGAAUGGGCUGGCAACUUCUGCUAGGGUUGAGGAGCUGAUUUCUAUGAUGCAAAAACAGGUUGAUAUUGUUACCAGUAAUACUGGGGAUGCAGCAAGGCAGUGGUCUAUUGUUGCAGGCACCUUAGCUGCAACAGAUAACAAGGACUGCCUUCAUCAUUUUGUUCAGUUAAAUGGUGUCAUUCUACUCAAUCGAUGGCUUCAGGAAGCUAUUAAGUGCUCCAAUGAGGCUGGUGACAGUUCAGUUGAAGAAGAAUUAGUUAAUGCAUUGCUUGGCUCACUUGAAAGACUUCCAAUUGACAAUGAAAAGUCAAUUGCAUCUGGAAUUAAUAUAACUGUUGAACGCCUGCUUUGUCACAAAACCUGUAACAUCCAGGAAAGGGCAAAAAUUUUGUUGGAUCAGUGGAACUGUGCUAGGGUUGAUGAUGCAAGAUGCCAAAUUUCAGAUACUGGUGAUGCACCCUCAGCUAAUGAUGCAACUAAAGGUAGUGCUAUUCACCAAACAAGUCCAGAUGGAAGUUCUUCAUGCAAACCAAAGUUUGAGGAUACAGCUUUAGGAAUUGUAUCACCAGAUAAUGAACAUGGAUCUAAAUGCUCUAACACUACACAGUUGGAGAAUGCUGGCACAUUAGAAGUUCCCAUAUCUCAUGUGAGUUCACCUGGUGCUGAUGUAAUUACAAUCGAUGCAAAUGCUGUGUCAUCAGACAGGAUGGGUUCCCCCCAUUUAUCUACUUCUUGUAUGAAUAAUCUUGCUAGGACAGGAGAGUCUUCUGUUUGUUCUGCAAUAAGUAUGGCCUCAACCAGCACAUUCAUUAAUAUUGAUGGGGUAAGAAAGGUUGAUGAAUCUAACAGCCAAUUGGAUGAUGGUGUUAAUGAUGAAAAACAGAUAGAGGUUGCAGUUAAUGCAAAGGGAGACAAGGAAGGUAGUCAUUUGGAAAAUUGCAACAUUUCAUCUUCUAAUAUAUCUCAGUGGAAGCCUUUGAAGGAAUCCGAUGACAAUUUUGACGGAAAGGAAAGCAGUUCUUGUAUACCUAAAGAUGUGGUGUCACAGGUAUGUGAGAUUGGUGACGAUGAGUCAUUGAAAUAUACUAGAAAUUUUAAUGACUGCCAAGAGAAUGAGAAUGAAGAUCAUUCCUUGGACUGUCAAGGCCUCUCUAGUAAAGCAACUAUUAAUAGAGAGAUAGAUGUUAUAGAAACUAAUUGCCAAUUAAAGGAAGCUUUCAGUAGUAAAGAUGACACUGUAAUAGUUGAUGGUACAUCCAACUUGAAGGUAAAUGGUGUAGAUCUAAAAGCAGUGGAGGCCAAGCUAAGAGGUGUGACUGAUAGGCCAUCAGAUUUGGAACUUGAAUGCAGUGAAAUUGAUGCUGUGGACGUUGCACAACAGGAUGCAAGAAAGGUAGAACAUGAAGUUUCCAAUUACAGAGAACCAUCCAGCAGAUCUCCUGAAAUCAGUUCUGGAAAGAUUGAGGCGAACACUUUUGAUUCUUUGGAAAGUAAGGAGGGUCAGCCACCAACCAAAGAGCAAGAGGUAAAUGGACAGGCCAUUGGAAACGAUGUUUCUGAGAGACCAUCGUCUCCAAUGGAAGAUGGUUUAAAAGUUUCUGAAGAUCUUGUCUUUGAUCCUAGGAAGGAAGAUAUGGCAUCAUUGAAGUCAGUACCAAUUGACAAAAAGCCGGCUGGUGAGGUUGCUGUCUGCAGGCCUGACUUUGAUCUCAAUGCAGAUGUUGCUGAUGAGGAAAAUGAUUGUUCAAUGUACCCGUCAAAUAAAAGUUCAGUCAUUUUGUCUGCACCUAAAGCUGUCGUUGCUUCUUCAAAAGGAACCUCUGGUCUGCCUGUUACUAGGCUCCAGUUUGAAGGAGAAAUGGGGUGGAGGGGUUCUGCUGCCACUAGUGCUUUCCGUCCCACAUCAUCUCAAAAAACUCCAGAUAGUUCUUCUGGUUCAAAGCAGAAACCAGCUUUUCUUGGUAUUGACUUGAACAUGACAAGUGAGGAUGGCGAAGCAGCCAAUACAACAUCAGUUAAACAACUACCACACUCAGGUUUUCCAUCUGCUGAUUCUUCUAUUGAAGUCAGUUCAAGAAGAUCAGAGAAGUUAAACCUGGAUUUAAACCGCCUGGGAGAUGAAGAAGUUUCACCAUAUUCUUCAUUGAACUGGAGGCCUCUUCACAAGAUAGCAGAUCGAAGCAUGUCUCCAUCAUCAUCAUCUUCUUCCAGAGUUCCAUCAACGAGGGACUUUGAUCUGAAUGACAACCCAUCUUUAUUGGUUGUGGUCGGCUCUCAAAACCUCAACAGAUCAUCUCUCAAUACUUCUGGUACAUAUGACGGCUCUAAAACAGAAGAUCCUUGCAUCACCAUCAUGGGUUCAAGAAUGACUGCAGAAAGGAAGAGUUAUGCUGACCAACCAUCCCCGUCCCAUCAGGCAUUUCUUGGUGGCGGUGUAAAUAUUGGGACCAACAUGGCUACUAGAACAAUGAUGCCAUAUCACAUGCCAGCCACUGCCUAUGGCUAUAAUGGAAUUGGAAUGGAGACAGCCAUGCCGAUUCCUUCAGCACUUUAUGGAAUUCACAGCACUCCAUACCUGGUAGACUCCAGUGGGGUCAAAGUCAUACCCCAGUUGCUUAGGACAUUGGAACAGAAUACCUCUACUUCUGGUGCAUUUCAUCUUGGUGUAGGCAGUGAUCGGCCGGGCUGGAAUAUGCCUGAGGCUUCUGAACCUGCUUUGGAUUUGAACUUUGGCAUGACGCCUAUGGAGAGUGCAAGUAGGCAACCAGGUAGUCUGAAACAAUUCUUUGGUUUUCUCGAAGAGCAGGCAACCACUUCACAACCUGAGAGUUCUGGAAUGUCUUUCAAGCGGAAAGAACCUGACUCUGGCUGGGAUUCUCACCCAUUCUCUUAUAAACAGGUGAAAUCAUCAUGGCUAUAGGUAGUUUCUCCUCACUUGAGGUGCAUUUUUGUUUCGGUAUUUCAUUAUAUAGUAUAUUUUCCAAGGCCUUUGGGUUUCAUUAGCUGCCAUGGCUGACUUAGAAAAGGAUUGUUGUCCCCAAUUCAAUGCAUAUCAGAAUUGUUAUAAAUUGAAUAAGGCUCAUUACAGAUAACAUUGUGAUAUAUUGCCAAAUAUGGCUCCCACAAAGAUAGGCAUGGCUUCUUCUGUUUCAUUGUAGAGGCAAUUUGCAUCUGGCAUCUGUAAAUUUUCCUGCAAACAUGAUAACUAAAAGAACUGAUCCAAGUUUGAUAGUGCUAUAUAAUGCUCUUUUCAUAGUCAUCUUCAGAAAGGAAUUGGUCUGAGGAAUGUGGUGAUUUUGCUGGAAGCAUCUGUAAUAAAUCUAGCUUCUUUACGAUUUAUUUUUAUUUUUUUGCCCAUUUAUGGUGAUUGAUCUUAUCAUUCA